AUGAUUGUUGAACUGGUGAUAAUGGCAGGCACCGUUCUCCUGGCGUACUACUUCGAAUACACGGGACCUUUCCCGUGCACAUUCCAGGGGUUCUUCUGCUUCGACAAGACGUUCUCCAAACCUUACCCUGGACCGGAGGAGACCAGUAACGUACCGCCGGUGCUCGUGUACUCUCUGGUCGCUGCUAUUCCCACUAUAACCAUUCUGGCUGGCGAGGUGAUGGUGUUUUUCAUGAGGUCGGAGGGCAUGCAGGAGAAGACCAUAGUCACAGCCGACUGCUGUUACUUCAACCCUCUGCUGAGACGCAUCAUACGCUUCCUAGGUGUCUAUACCUUCGGCGUGUUCACCACUACCAUCUUUGCCAGUGCCGGACAGGUAGUAACAGGAAACCAGACGCCUCACUUCCUGUCAGCAUGCAGACCGAAUUACACAGCACUGGGCUGCCAUUCCAACCUACAGUACAUCACAGAGCGCAAAGCCUGCACAGGAAACCCCCUCAUAGUAGCAUCUGCACGGAAAUCCUUUCCCUCCAAAGAUGCGGCCCUUAGUACAAACAAAAGAGAACAGUUAUGA